AUGGCGACCUCAGACAUGCAAUGGGCAAAUAACACCCACCCCAAGUGGUGGAAGGAUCCCGGGCUUCGUAAGAAUGUGGCAUGGACUUGCUUGCUCUAUCUCGGACUAUUUUCCUUUGGAUACGACAGCAGUCUAAUUACUGGCAUGAUCGCUUCCCCGCGAUGGAACGCCUACUUCAAUCAUCCCGAUAAAACUAGGCUCGGACUUAUCGUGGCGAGUUUAUACUUUCCCUCCGUCGUUUGCGCACCGUUGAUCGCGAUAAGUUUGGAUGGCCUUGGACGCAAGUAUUCUGUGUUUUUGGGGUGCUUUGGAUUCAUUUUAGGAUCCUUGAUCAGCUGUUUUGCUAAUAGUUUAGGAAUGUUGAUCGCUGGACGUGCUAUCCUUGGUGCUACAAACUUUCUCACCAUCGCUGCGUGUGCUUGUCUUAUCAAUGAGAUCCUUCAUCCCAGACUACGAGGGAUAUUCAGUGCCCUUAUGAUGACUUCUCUAAAAGUGGGUCAGAUCGUCGGCGCGUGGGUUCCGUUUGCCACCCUUUCAUGGAAGUCCGACUGGUCUUGGCGACUUCCUUUCCUUCUCCAAGCUCUGGGCGCCUUUAUUAUGAUCCCGUUUAUGCCAUUUUGCCCUGAAUCUCCUCGGUGGCUUGUCAGCAAAGGGAAGGAAGAACAGGCUUUGAUAAUUUUGUCAAAAUAUCACGCCAAUGGAGAUCACGCUGACGAACUGGUACAAAAUGAAAUGGAGGAAAUAGUGACCAACAUAAGGAAGGAGAAGGAAAACAAGCAAACAUCAUGGAAAGUCAUGUUCAAGACGCCUGGAAACAGGCGUCGGAUGGCUGUUCUAACAUUAUGUGCCACAGGUGUUGUUUUCACUGGAAACACUGUUGUAUCAAACUACGUGGCCCCAACAUUACGUCUCAUCGGUAUAACGAGCCCAGUUCAGAUCACUGGGAUUAACGGUGGCCUUACGAUCAUGUCAACCUUUUCUGCUACUGCCGGUUCAUUGUGUGUUGACAUCUUCGGUCGUCGCCCCAUAUGGCUUGGAUCCACGACCGCUGUUCUCAUUCUAUUUUCGAUCCUCACCGCUCUGAUGUCGUCUUUUAUUCAAGCUCCGAACAAAUCUCUCGCAGUUGCCUACAUAGUCGUACUCUAUCUCUACGAUAUUGCCUUCAGUUUCGCUUGGCUUCCCCUGACAGCGCUCUAUGUGACUGAAAUUCUUCCAUUCAGUCUGAGAGCCAAAGGCAUGGCGUAUUUCACCACAUUGCAGAGUCUGUUGAUCGCCGUCGCAUUAUUCGUCAAUCCAAUCGGGAUUGCUUCCAUCACGUGGAAAUACUACAUCAUAUACGUGGGUAUUAUCGUCCUACAUUUGGUACUCGUUUAUUAUCUUUUCAUCGAGACAAAAGGGCGGACCAUUGAAGAGGUUGCGCUCGUGUUUGAUAAAAUACCGGUAACUCGUGAGGGACCGAGUCUUGAACGACCUGCUGAAGGCGAAUCCUACGACGAGAAAUCUUUGAUAGGGUCUCCAAACUCUAUUCGAGUUUGA